UAAUAGACGUCAAGUUUUGACGUUUGGCGACAAACAAAACCCUCCUCCUCAACUUCCAGGAAGUAAUUAGUGAUUAAGUUACAAUAGUUUGUGGUAUUUUCGCAUAACAAUACUCGAUGAUGAAUUAAAUAUAGUUGAAAGCAAAGUGAAGAACUCGAGAUUAUUACGAGACGUGAUUCAGUGCUACAAGAUUUCUCAUUAUUGUGACUGUUUUCAACUUACUUGUAAAGAUGCCACCACACAGGCCAUCCAGGCCUAACUACAGUAAUUUCACCUAUGUCAGCUCCUGCUUCAAGUAUCUCAUAUUCAUUUUAAACUUUGCUUUUUGGCUUGUCGGAGGUCUUCUGAUUGGCAUAGGCCUUUACGCUUUCAUUGAUAAAUGGCAACUGACUGGCUCUGUGAAACUGGACACAGUAUACGAUGUGAUUUUGAAUAUAUCUUUGGUUAUGAUAAUAUUGGGUGGGGUUAUUUUCAUGGUCAGUUUUGCUGGGUGUGUAGGAGCCCUUAGAGAGAACACCUGCCUUCUGAAAUUGUAUUCUCUGUGUUUGCUGAUAUUUUUCUUAUUGGAAAUGAUUGUGGCAAUAUUAGGAUUUGUGUUUCCACAAUCCAUGCAAUCGAUGCUAGAAGAGAAUUUCACAGAUAAAAUUAUACAUACUUAUCGGGAUGAUCCAGAUCUGCAAAAUUUCAUAGAUUUUGCGCAACAGGAGUUUCGCUGCUGCGGUUUGAGUUCAGAGGGAUACAUUGAUUGGUCCAAAAAUGAAUAUUUUAACUGCACCUCGCCCAGUGUCGAGCGAUGCGGUGUACCAUUUUCGUGUUGCAUAAAUGCUACAGACAUCAGUUCCGGUUUAGUCAAUAUUAUGUGUGGAUAUGGAGUGCAGACUCUAUCGGUGGCUGAGGCUAGCAAGAAAGUGUGGACUUCUGGUUGCAUCGAGAUUGUGAGAUCCUGGGCGGAGAGGAACCUCUACACGAUAGCCAUCAUCGCCCUCAGCACUGCAUUAUCCCAGCUCUUCGUCAUUUACCUUGCGAAGACUUUGGAAGGCCAGAUAGACCUGCAGAAGUCGCGCUGGUUCUCGAGGGCACACACGAACGAGCGUACAUAGGUGUCGUAAUCUCUUCUUUCCCCCACACACA